UCCUCAUUCAAACUGACUCACUGACAUUUGGACCACUCACGGUUUUAAACACGGUUUAUAUGGCUAAGUGUCCCAUGACCCUCAACAACUUUAUUUAAAUUGCUGGUGCUCGAUCAAGUCCUUCAAGAGACAUUCAUAUUGAGGAGAGCAACCGUGUACAGGUCAAGGAAGUAAAAACUGAGAUGACACCUUUGAUGUUUAAAGAUGCUUUUUGGGGUUCUGAAUUCACUUGUCAUGCUGGGUAUGACGCCGUGAUCCAAAGGUUACGAGAUGGAAGGCAAAUGUGCAAAGAUGUGGAGGACCUUUUAAAGUUGAGGUCACAAGCAGAGGAGAAGUAUGGGAAGGAGCUUGUGACGAUUGCUCGCAAAGCUGGAGGAGACACAGAGAUCAGCACCUUGAGAGCGUCUUUUGACCAAUUAAAAGCGCAAAUUGAGAACAUCGGGCACUUUCACAUCCAGCUGUCAGAUAUAUUGAAAGAGGAGGUGAAAAAGAUUGAGACAUUCAGAGAACGCCAGAAAGAGCAGAGGAAGAAGUUUCAGAGCAUUAUGGAGAAGGUACAGAAGAAAAAGGCGUCUUUGUACAGGAAAACCAUGGAGUCAAAGAAGAACUACGAGCUGAGAUGCAGGGAAGCUGAAGAGGCAGAACAGGUGGCUGAGAAGACAAUUGUUACAUCCAAAAACCCAGACAAGAUUCGUCACAGGUCCAAGCAAUGCAGACAGAUUGCCAAGGAUGCAGAGAAGCAGUAUGCUACCAAUAUAGUUCAACUGGAAAGUAUUCGUCAGGACUGGGAAGAAACGCACAAAAGCACAUGUGAGGUUUUCCAGCAGCUGGAGGGAGAUCGUAUCAGCAUGCUCAGGUGUGUUCUCUGGGACCACUGCAAUCAUUUCUCCAUGCAGUGUGUCAAAGAUGAUGAGGUUUACGAGGAGGUGAGGAGACUACUGGAACUGUGUGACAUCACGACAGACAAUAACUAUUUCAUCAAGAUGAAAAGCACAGGAUCAAGGCCUCCAGAGCCAAUAUCAUUUGAGAGUUACUAUCAAACGGAGUCCGGGAACAGCAAUGGGCAAGCUCAUUUCCCAGAAGGAAGAGAUGACAUGUUGAGAUCACUCAGGUGGUCUGAUCCCCUUCUUGCAAAUUCUGUGAACAUCAGUGUGGACAACUUUCAGAACUCACAAUCAACUCUGACAUCUAUUGACGAGUCUGAGCUUUCAGAUGGAGGAUAUGCACCCCUACCAGGCCUCCAGUACGCAGCAUCAGUGGCUGCAGCUUCAACUGAUGAAGACAGCUACAUUGUGCUUUAUGAAUACACCGCACAGGAAGAGGAUGAACUGUCUGUUCACAGAGGAGACGUGGUCCGAGUGUUGGAGCGGGGAGAAGAUGGCUGGUGGAUGGUGGAAAUGACAGGGCUGAGUGGCCUGGUGCCAGGAAACUAUCUGGGCAAAAUGUGAACAUGCACACACACAACAUGAGAAUACAAAAAGCCCCCCAAACAGAUUGAUUGAACCAAAUUGAACAGUGGCUUUGUUAUUUAUUAAUAAUUUCCUAGUCUUAAAACAUUAUUACAUGGUAACCCUGCUACCUCAUUUGUUGUUCAUCUGGGACUCUCAGUGUCCCAUCACCCUGUGCUUUCCCAUACUACACACACAGUACAGUCUCAUGGGACUGAAGAAUGAUAAACCAGCUGCUGUUGCAAAUUUAUAUAUUGGCUUCCAAUGACAUCGCUCUGUCAACCUGCUGUUCAACAAUAACUUGUUCAACAAUCCAAAGGUUGAUCAACAAAUCACAAAGAAAUAAUGGAUAGAUGGAUUUAUCGUCUCAUUGUUAUUACUGAUGACAAUAUUAGCUGUCUUAGCUGAGCUCUGUAUUUGGAGUUCAGCUAAGACAGCCAUUUUUUGAGGUGGGCACCCAUCUCUACAAGUGAUCAAAUAUGUCAGAAAUUGCCUUGGACUGUUGUUGUUGUUGUUGUUCUUCUUCUUCUUCUUCUUCUUCUUUUUAUAAAUUACACAUCCUGUCUAAAACAAUAGCUCAACUGUAUGCAAGGAUGAGCCAACACUUGACAGUUGACUAAGUAGCAUGUUGAAAUAGCGCCUGGUUUGGUUUUGUCUCUUCAGUUCUUAGGUGUGUUAUUACUUUGCUUUGUUUUUGAGUGUGUUUGUGAAUUAGGGAAGCAACACAUUCUGUAUAUAAUUUCAUUUUAUGUCUACUGUCCUUAAGGUGUAUUUUGUGUGAUCCCUCAGUAGACCAUCAGCUACUAUACUAUGGUGGUAGCAGCUAAAGCAGAUUAGAAUUAAUAGUAAUUUAUAUAACUGAGCAAACUAAUUUCAACUGAUGGCACAGAUAUUUAUCACAGAGUCAUAUUCAUACUUUCAGGUGGCUGAUGAAAUAUCAAAUCAUUACCUCUGUAUGUAUUGGUUUAAGUGGUAACAUAUUUACUUUCA